AUGCCAUUGAGGCUCCACAUUGUUUGGCGAAAUGUGGUGUGGCUCAAUAGUUGUGGAGGUGAAAAAGGAGCGUUGGCGAGGGUGAUAGUCGUCGUGGAGUGGGGAAAGGGUAGUCGAGAUGAACCUUCUCCAUGUGCAAUCCCCUUGUUGGGGUGUGGAGGUAAGUUCAUGACAGGGGAGAGAAGUAGUAGUGGCAAUAGGGGCGGGUUGAGCAAGUGGCAUCGUAGAGAUGAGACAGGGUUAAUUGUUAUGCCCAUAUUCUAUGAUGUGGAUCCUUCUCAGGUUAGAAAACAAAACCCGAAUUUCGGAAAAGCACUUGCCAAACAAGUAACAUUGCUGGGUGGACUGGGAACCCAACCACACUGCCAACGGAUUGCUGGAGAGUUAAAACCAUUAAUUAUCCACCUGUGGUCUUUAAACACGUCAAUGGCAUUUUCAGCGGCGUCUUCGUCGAACUCAACUCCACCCUCGUCUUCUCGGUCAUGGAAGUAUGAUGUAUUUCUUAGUUUCAGAGGAGAGGAUACUCGCAAAACCUUUGUUGAUCAUCUCUACUCCACCCUUACUGAAAGACUAAUUCGUGUAUACAAAGAUGAUGAAACACUUCCCCGUGGUGAUUCUAUUGGUCAAUCUUUAUUGAAGGCUAUUGAAGAAUCACGGAUUGCGGUUGUUGUAUUUUCCAAAAACUAUGCAGAAUCCUCAUGGUGUUUGGAUGAACUUGCAUAUAUUAUGAAAUGUAAAGCUGAGGAAGGGCUAAUGGUGAUGCCCAUAUUCUAUGACGUGGAUCCCUCACAAGUUAGGAAACAACAAGGGGAUUUCGGAAAGGCGUUUGCCAAACAGGAAACGAAGAACAUCAAUAAAGUUGAAUCAUGGAGAAAGGCACUUCUUGAUGCAAGUAGCAUUGCAGGAUGGGAACACAAGAACAUUGCCAACGGGCAUGAAUCAAAAGUUAUCAAAAAUAUUGUUGGUGAAAUUCAGAACCGAUUGUUAGCCUUGGCUUCCGAUGUUAAUGAAGAGCUUGUUGGAAUGACAGAGCGCUUGCAAGAUUUGAUGUCACAGUUAGAAAUUGGUACCGGUGGUGUGCGAAUGGUUGGGAUAUGGGGAAUAGGGGGCAGUGGUAAGACUACCCUCGCAUCUUCUGUUUAUACAGAGAUCUCUCACCAUUUUCAUGGUCAUUGCUUUAUUGCCAAUAUUCGUGAGAAAAGUAAACGUGGUUUAGAAACCCUGCAACAAAAAAUUCUAUCGACUCUUUUGAAAAGUGAAGUAGAAGUGCACAAUGUUCAGCAAGGAAAAUACAUGAUAAAGAAUAGCUUAUGUUACAGUAAAGUGUUGAUAAUUCUUGAUGAUGUCGAUUAUCUAGGUCAACUACAGGCAUUAGCUGGAUCGCCUCGAUGGUUUGGGAGUGGGAGCCGAAUAAUAAUCACAACUAGAGAUGAACAUUUGCUAAAAACUCAUAGGGUAGACCAUGUCACUCCCAUUAGAUUAUUAUCAGAUAAAGAAGCUAUUCGGCUAUUUUAUAAGCAUGCAUAUAAUGAAAAAGAACCUUUAACAGAAUACGAGACACUUUCAUCCCGUGUGGUUUCUUAUGCUGCUGGUCUACCAUUAGCUCUUAAAGUUUUAGGUUCUUUUCUAUUUGACAAAGACAAGAAGGAGUGGAUAAGUGCCUUAGCCAAGUUAAAAGAUAUCCCGGAUAUCAAGAUCAUGGAUAUACUCCGAAUUAGUUAUGACGGGCUUGAAACUCUCCAGAAAGAGUUAUUCUUGGAUAUUGCGUGUUUUUUCAGAUGGAAAAGCAUAGCUGAUGCAAUGGAGAUACUUGAUGCUUGUGGCUUUUAUCCUGUUAUAGAGAUAAAGGUGCUAACACAAAAAGCUCUCAUAACUACUACCGAUGGUAAGUUUGAUAUGCACGAUUUGGUUCAACAAAUGGGACAAUACAUUGUUAGAGGGGAACAUCCUAACGAUCCUGAAAAACAUAGCAGAGUUUGGAAAAACGAAGAAAUCAGUAACAUGUGUUAUGGAGAUUCGACAAUGGAAAAUGACAAGAUUGAAGCAAUGCGAUAUUAUGGUCAUUCAUCACAUUUAUUUGAUAUUAUUUCAAACAUGAAGAAACUAAGGUGGCUUAGUGUGGUUGUGUACCUCGGAGCUAACAGGGGCAAGCACACUGAAGGGCCUUCUUUUCUGUCAAACAAUUUGAGGUAUUUGUAUUGGGAAAGGUAUCCGGCAAGUCCAUUCCCAGACAACUUCCAACUAUCUAAGCUUGUUGUUCUGAAAUUGUAUUACAGUUUGCAAAAAGAACUUUGGAAUGGUUACAAGCGCCGGCCACAUUUAAAAGUGCUUCAACUCUGUUAUAUGGAGAAGCUACUCAGAACACCAGAUUUUAAUGGACUCCCGUAUCUUCAAAAGUUGGAAAUCAGUAGUUGUGACAAGUUAAAAAAGAUUCACCCAUCACUUGGAAAUCAUACAAGUCUUGAAUUCGUAAGUGUAAGAUCUUGUGAGAACCUUAGAAUGUUCCCACUGAUUGUCGAAAUGAAAAGUCUUAAGACCCUCGAAAUAGAGAAUUGCUAUUUAAUUCUUGAGUUGCCAAAAAUCCAAUUAAACAUUCAAAGCUUGGUAACAUUGUCUAUGAAUAGGAUAAGGAAAAGAGUUCUACCCUCAUCAGUUGGAGAAUGUUAUAUCCAACCUGAGACUGUGGUCCAUGAGUUUACACGAAAGCUGAAUCUGAGUAGCUUGCAAAAGUUAGAUCUCAGUGGCUGGGGUUUGAAAGAUGGAGAAAUUCCAUCUGAUAUUGGUGAGAUAUCCAGCUUAGAAGAGCUCCAUCUUAGUCGCAAUGACUUUUCACAAUUGGAUUUCAGCCUCUCGCAACUUACUCGGCUAAAGAUCCUCAUCUUGUCCGAAUGUAAAUGGCUUGUUGAAUUGCCCGAGCUACCAUCAUGCAUAGCUGUUCUCGAAGCAGACUAUUGCGAUUCACUUAUAACCAUUGGAAAUAAUUGUCACACAGAUUUUAAAUGCUUAUGUGAAGUUUCACUUCUGAGAAAUUCACACGGUAUUGUAAAUGAUGCGGGCAGAUUAGUAGAAUCCAUGCUCCAGGGAAUGGGCAUUCCAAAGGUUUUACGUCCAAGGAAUAGACGUAGAAUGCAACUUCCAGAGAACUGGUGCAAUGACUUUUGUGGAUUCAUAAUGUGUUUUUUCACAAAAUAUUCAACCUCAUUGAGCUGUAAAGUAGGAAUGUCGAACGAGAUCCCGGACGAGAUCCCUAAGAAGUUUUCUUUUAUUAGUUAUUAUGAAGUGUCUUUGGAGAGGAGUAUCGGUGGCGAGAGAACAUGGGUGGCGUUUGUUUCAUUUGCUUCACUAAGACACACUUCAUGGUGGGAAGAAACACAAAACACUCUUUCUGUUUCAUUUCACGAAGUCUUACGGGUUGAAGGACUUAGCGAUAUGUUAGUGGAUGCAGAAUUUGAAGUUGCACUCGUCCCAAAAAAAAGUGGAAUUGCUCCAACCGAAAUAUCAAGAGAUUUUCCUGCAUAUCAUCCCUUAAACAUUGUAGAUUACUCGACUUCUAGGAUAACGAUUGAGAUCAGCUUCUGCUCUAAUCAUAAGUCAGGUAAGAGCAUCCUUAAAGGGCCGGCGGUGAGCAUUGGCGACGAUCAGCCCCCGCUAGGUGAUGGGUUACCGAGAGAAGGUGACAGGGUCGGUGAUGGUGAAGUGGGUGGUAGCCACCACCAGGGUAAAGGGGCGAUAGAAUAG